GUCCAUAGGGUUGCUGCAGACUCAUGACAUGGCCACCGCACGCAAGCUACACAUAGUUAGUUAUAUUCUCGGCACGGGUCAUGUGGUCAUUCUCUCCAUAUUUCGCGCUCAUAUUCGUAAAAAUUACAUGCACCCAGGCCACCGUAUUUGGGUUUUAAGCGUCCCGCUACGUGUCCUGCCUCAUCUCACAGGUCUAGCUGCAUUUCAUCUUAAUGCGCAGGUCGAAGUGACCUACGACAACUUCUAUGACAAUUCAGCCACUUCCCUCUCCGAAGUCGCUUGCUCUAACGGUGCCAAUGGCCUGUUGACAAAGGGCUACACCACUCUCGGCUCUCUUCCGUCUUUCCCCAACAUUGGGGGUAUUCCCAACCUCACUUGGAAUUCGACUCUGUGUGGUACCUGCUGGAACUUGCAGUACACCACUCCCACUGGGACAUCUGAGAGCAUCUACAUCACCGCUGUCGAUGCAGCGUAUACAUUCAAUCUGUCCCUUGAGGCAUUUAACGAGUUGACGGACAACACUGGUGUCGUUGCGGGCAAGGUCACUGCUACCGCCACCCAGGUAGACGCGAGCUUCUGUGACAUGUAA